CCGCCACGAUUAUUGUUCUCAAUCUACCACGCGCUUUAUCCUAUUUUUAGUCCUUUGGGAGAUAUCCAGGGGCUUUCUCGUGACGCACAAAGAGGACAAGUUCCCAUUACACAACAUUUAGGGGUCCUAAAUGGCAUAAUUCGCCGCUAUAAUCGAAGACAAUGAGUGUCAUCAAAAGAAACUCGUCGCGCCUUGAUGCCUUACCAUAGACCGCCAUUUUCUGAGUCCUCUUGUCUUCGACUUCUUGAUUAUUCUCUCCUAGACAUGUAUGAUGUGACUAAUAAUGAUCAUAACCAACCCCGGCAAGUUGAAAUGCCACUUAUCAGCAUCCCAACUGAGACGGUUCGCACCAAUGUGGUCCGUCCCGACGAAGGGCCGCCAUCUACCACGGAAGCAUCCCAGUACGGCACCAGUGGUUUCGAUGUAGGGAUAGACACUUGUGGGUUCACUAUAGAGAGCACAGUGACUUGCGAUUUUGGGUACGAUUGUACGAAUGUAGGAGGCCAUCGCGGCUGUUGUGUUGCUGGGGCCGCAGACUGCGUCGCUACGAUCUACACUGAGUGUAUCAACCAUGACAAAACCCCGACUUCAGAUGGAUGUGGACAGCACACAUUAUGCUGUCCGGGUUCAAAACCGUACUGUUUCGUCUAUGCGUACCUUUCGACUUCCAGUACCACCGAAGCCACCCUUACCUAUUUCGAAUGUAACGAAUCCCAGGGGUUUGGGGAGAUGUAUCCCUUUCCGCCAGAACUGAUGACAGAAACGGCAAAUUCAUCAACCACAGAAACCGGUUCUGGAUCCGACUCGCCGAGCCUCGACUCACCCGCCAACUCACCCGAGCACUCGUCUUCGCGCUCCUCCAGAAACGCAGGCGCAAUAAUCGGUGGCGUAGUAGGUGGCGUCGUCUUCAUCAUCCUGAUCAUCCUCUCAGCCUUUCUCCUCCUACGCUACCGCCGCCGCCGCCACCAAGCCAAACUCCGCGCCUCCAUCAUCCCCCUCGGUCCCGCAAAGACGCCACACAGCUCGACAGACACUCCCCCCGAAGCCGAGAAAGACCAGGACCAGGAUCAGGUCCCAGCAGAAACAAUUACCGCCACCCAGCCCAAAUCCAAACCAGUACCUAUACUCACACCCACACCCCCCAAAACAGCCCGCCAGAAACUCUUCCGUCCCCUCUCCUCCAUCCACGAACACCCAACCCCCACCCCCUCAUCCACCCUCAGCCGAAACAAAUCAACCUCCUCAGCCAUGCCGUCUUCCGCGUCGCGGGGCAGCUUCGGUCCAAACUGGCCCCUCGGCCCCGGUCCCAACAGUAACCCGCUAUCCUCCCACCCCGUCGAUGCGAAUCUCAAGAAACGGCUUAGCGAUAGCCGGCUUGGGACUUUGAGUUUGGCUCAGGCGUUGGCUGUGGGUCCAGAUAUGGGGGCGGGGAUAGGGAUGGGGAUGGGGGUAGGGAGAGAGAUGGGGGUAGGAAAUGGGCGCGUGCGGCCCCUGAAUCUAUCGCGCACACCGCCGCCGGGGAGUAGACCUGCGCCGCCGAAGUCGCCGCGGGGCGCGGGGCUCGCGGUGCAGAGUCCGCGGCUGGAGUUUGUGCCUGUGUCGCCGAUCGUGGGGCGUAUCACGGAUAGCGGGGUAGGGGAUAGGGAUGAGGAGGUGGAUCCGGUGUCGCCGAUUGAGAGCGAUGACGAGGGCGGAGGGGAGGACACGCAGAGGCUUAGUUAUGUGUCUGCGCCCAGCGCGCAUUUCGAGGGGGAUGAUUUCGUUUCGCCGGUUAGUCCGCGGGUCGUGUGGGAUGGGGAUGGGGAUGUGAGUCCUCGGACGGUUAGUCCGCUUGGGAGUCAGCGGGGGAGUGUGGCGUCGUAGAUAGGUUGGUGGGAUGGUUCAUUUGACGAUGUUUCAUGACGUGGGGGGAAAAGUUCUUAGAUGAUCUGUUUAUAUAUACCAGGGACAUUUGGCUGUUAGGGGUGCCUGUGGGAAUACCCGGUAGCCUCUGUCACACGAUUUCUAUAGACCCAUCUUGAC